AUGGAUUUCAACAUGGGCAACAAAAGGCUCAUGGCCUUGGUCCUGUUUUUCUUCUCUUACCUGACAUUCUGCUUGUCGGUGCCCACAAAUCCUUUUGCUUCCCUAUCCGACCAAGCUCCCAAGCGUAUACCAUCAGCUCGGUCUCUAAAUGCGCACCAUCGUGGUUUCAUGAAGCGCGCGGACGAAACAUAUGCACCAUUUCUCGCUGAUCUUGCGAUUGCUACACGAGUCGAGCAAGAGGAUGAAAAGUUCAUGGCGUUUGGGGCAGACUCCGCCAUCCUAGCUAGUGACGGCUUUUCGGGUUGUGUUGGGGUGGUAAUUGCGUCCAGCCAGGGUGCCAUCAUUGCACAUUACACCGACACUGAAUCGGGAAUGAACCAGGCCAGGGAAAAUCUAGCCCGGCUAAUCACGGAAAAUAAGAAGGCAUUAUGGGGAGCUCAGGCGUGGAUCUAUGCACACGUCAGACUGGAGGAUCCCAGCACAUAUGUCUCUGAAGCCAACAAUCUAGCCUUGGAAAGCAUCGUCGAGGACAACUUGAAUAUCGUGCCUACCCGGGUAAAAUACAUCGAGCCGGAGGACACACUCAACGACCUAAUGGAAGGCCCACAUGCCGAAGAUUAUUUUGACGGAUUGAUUGAGCCGGAAUUAUUAUAUGGGGCGGUCAUGGUGAAGCAUCAAGGAGGAAAGUCGACGAACGAUGUUAUCUUCAUCAAUCUAGAUUGGCAGAAGGCUGCUUCUGAUGCUUCUAUUGCAAGGGCUACGCAGCUUUUGUAG